AUGGAUAUAUUUAACUUUAUAAAUGAUUCAUUUGAAUACAUUGAAAGUGAAGGUCAUUUUUUUUGUUCUGAUAAUAAUGUUGAAUGUAAUUUUGAUAAUGAAUUAAAUGAUAUUUUAUUAACACGAUCAACUCGGUCUCAAGAAAUACACUCAUCACCAUUACGUCCAAUUGAUUUACCUUCACAUAGGAAACAUUAUGGUCUUCUUAGCUUUUAUCAAUAUCGUAUUCCGAUAGUAUUUCGUUUAUCAAAUAAUCAUUAUGUGCCAUAUAUUCGAUUUUCCUAUGCACUGAAUGCACUUGAUCAACAUCAAUUGCAUGGUAGAACACCCAUAUUAAAUAUGGUAAAAAAUCUACCAAUUCUUGAAAUGACAUCGAUUGAAAUUGUCUAUUAUGAUCGACUUACGAGUUCAUUAUCGUCAACAAUUGAUAUGAUACCUGAAAAUCAUUCGGAAUGGUCGAAUAGAUUAUUAAGUGUUGCUUUACUUGAUUGUCUUCUUGGUAUACUUGACUGUUCAACAUCAUUAUUUCAAACAAAUGAUAUAAAUACACAAAAAUGGGAUCAAAUUCUUGAUACGAUGAGACAAGAAGUUAAAUCAAGAUGGACAAUUGAAGAAAAAUUAGUUCUAAAUCAAGUAGAAAAACAAAAUCAGCAAUCAAAUCAUGAUUCCAAUCCAAUCUGUGUUUCGUCGACAAACAUUGCACAACGACGAUUACUUUUUGAAAGACGUCUUGAUCUAUCGAUUGUUGAAGAAUCUGGUGGUUUCGUUCAAAUCGAUUCAUUUAUUUUUCCAUAUGUUAAAUGUUUAAAUGAAAAAAAAAUCUAUUUAAAUUUAAAUGAUAUUCAUACUCGUUAUCAUCAAUAUUUACUUUUACCAUCAUCAUGUAUCCGUUGUUUUCCUUUAGAUUCACCUGUAGUUCAUGCAUAUAAUAUAAUAAGUGAACAAACACGAGAAAACUUCUUUUGGAAUUCCAUUCAUGGUAGUGUUUAUAUGUCCAAACGAUUGCCCAAUCGUAAAACACAAGAUUUUCAAUUAAAAUUUCUUUCAUUAGAUACAUUUCUUAAGUCGAAAGGAAUAUGUUUUGUACAAUUAUUUGAAAAAUCUUCACUUGAUUAUUUAUCCACAAAUUAUAAAAACCAAUUCGGCCGACAAUUUGUUAUUGGUGACUAUACAAGAAAAUGUGGCUUUAUUAAUAAUGAAAUACCGUAUAUUCGUAUUGACAAAGAUGAAACGCAUUAUCGAACAUGGAUACCAACAGAAACGAAAUCAGCGCGUAUAAUGACGCAUGAUGAACGUUUGUUUAUUAAUUCUAUGCUUCUGUAUCAUGGUCAUUGGGAUAUGGUUUUAUCUAAAGAACAACGUUGGUAUUUAGAAGAAAUCGAUAUUGAUAUCCUAAGUUCAAUUAUAAGUUUAUUUGAUAAAGAAUACUAUGAAAGACAACAAAGAAAAUUAUUGGUUCAUUGUUAA